AUGAACGGAGCGCCAAGCUCGUCAGCCGGCCAGGAUAAGCCGCUGCUCAUCGCCUCCUGGAACGUGGCCGGCUGGGAGGCGACGCUCCGGUACAUCAAGGAGCACUACAAGACGCUGGAUUGCUUCUUCGAACGCCAUGGCUUCGAUAUCCUUUGCCUGCAGGAGGUCAAGGUCACGCGCCAAAAGCUGUCGGCCCACAACGCAGCCUCGCUCGGCGCACACAGCGUGAGCGGCUGGGAGUCGUUCUGGUCCUGCUCUCCGAAAGGGUUCAACGGCGUGACGACCUUUGCGCGCAAGGGCCUCACGCGGCAUGCAGACGCCGCGCCGCUCGGCAAGCCCGUGGAUGCGGAGGGGCGGUGCGUGAUGACGGACCACGGCGCAGUCGUGAUCUUCAAUGUGUACGUGCACGCCACCGGCAGCGACACCGACGGCUCUCGGCGCGCAAAGAAGCUCGAGUUCCUCGAGGCGGUCCGCGCAAAGAUGCGCGCCGUCCGGGCGGGCGGCCGUGCGGUGUGCCUCGCCGGUGACCUCAACAUCGCGCGGCGCGCGGCUGACGGGCCGUGGCAGCAGGCCUUCCUCUCGCGUGCCUCCCUCCGCGCCCACGGCCGGGUCGAGCUCGUCGAGGGCGACGGCGAGGUUGCGGGCUGGGGCGACGAG